AUGUUUUCGAUUUUCUGUUUAAUUAUUUGUCUAAUUUAUGUCAUUAUUCCCCAAGCUGAUUCUACAUAUUUAAAACCGCCACUGUCGACCUUUGAAGUAGUGAAUGAACGCAACGAGAAAACACAAAAUUAUAACAAACGUAGUCCAAUAUACGAUUUUGUCGUGGUCGGUGCAGGCAGUGCUGGAAUAGUUGUGGCGAAUCGACUAUCAGAGGUAAUGAAAUAAUAUAUUAUUAGUUAGCUAAAUUAUUUGUAUUUACUUUCUCUCUUGAUGCGGUCGAGCGCAGUGGUGGUUUUUCGGAGGGGGGGGGAGUCUGUCCAGGGGGCCUGGACCUCCCAGACUCCGAGUUUAGACUAAGAAAAGUAGAUUUUGUGUUAUAAUUUUUACAUUAAACUAAAACUCUGUUGUUGAUUAAAAAAUAGGGACAACCGUGUAUAUAAGCAAAACAUUAAUAUGCAAGUUAAUUAAUAAAUGUUGGGUAAAUAUAUUUUGUAGGUUAAAUAUAUGUUAAGUUAAUAUCAUAGGACGCAUCCCCAGAAAAAAGUUCAAAAACUGCCACUGAUCGAGCGUAUACGCGGGUAUACUGUAGGUACACACUUCUUGGUUUUUCGACAAUGUGUAUACUCAAAACUUUUAUGUCUACCUGAAACGUUGGUAUACGUUCACAGAAAUGCGUAUACUUAGUAUACUAGUUAUUAUUCACGUAUACGUCUUGUUUAUUAUUAAUUGUUAUCAAAACAUCGUAUAUCGAUGCAUGUUAUCACAACGAUUCAACAAUGUUUGAAAACAGACAGUGACCUUUUAUUUUUUUUUGCACCAAACUGUUGCUAAUAAUUAAGACUUGUCACUUAAUGCUCUUAAAAAGUAUUAAAUAUUAAUACAUUUAAAAAAGUACAAAUAUACUUAUAAAGUAAUCAAUCAUUUUGGAAAGAGAUAAAAAUGCUGACAAUAAAGCUUUACAUAAAUAUUGUGAGAGUAAACACUUUUUUGGAAUAUUAAUUACUAGCUGUUGAACUUCGGUGUUUUUAUUCUUUUUAUUUUUCCUAAUAACUGCUCGUUAAUGUUUUUCAGUAUUAAUGUGCCGAGUUACAACAAAUUGUCUUGUCACUGUUUAGUGUUUACUUCCAUCUGAUAAACAUACAAAAUAGAAUAAUUCCAUCGGUUACAAAUAUAUCCGUACCGUACUCCAAUACGAAACUUUUUAAACGAUAUGUCACGAAUUGUGUCAUUUUCAGCAUUUUCAGCAAUGAAAUAAAAAUAAUAUAAUCGAAAAAACUGUACGAUAGAACGAACAACACUAACUCGCUAAUGGAUUAGUCGAAACAGAUAGUUUUGUUUACGGGUAAGUAUAUUCAGACCCGUCGUAAGAUAUUUUCUGCCCUAAAGCGAACAUUUUACUGUCGUAUAUUUGACGAUUAUAAAUUUCAUUUUUCCGCUUCAAUUUUUUUAAAUUCUAUGCUAUGCCUCCCUAAAGAAACGCAAGUCUUGCUUGUAUCCUAACGACUGGCCUGGGUAUACCAAUGCAACCAACUAUAGCCAUUCAAUGAUUUCCUAUGAAUUUGAAUAGAAGCUAUUAGAUAAAUAUUUGAAAAACACGAUACAAUAAUAACCAAUGAUAAUUUUAAAACUAACGCAUCUGCUUAUUUAUUACUAAAUGUUUAAAUAAUAUUAGAAUGCAUCGUCAAACAUCCAUUUAAAAAUGGUAAAAUUAAGAAAUAUGCUUUUAAAACUACAAAAUCACUAAAUAUGUAAACAAAUGUACUAUAAACUUUUGAUAUAUUUUUCGUUGUUUUGAUUUAUAACUUACUGAACAAUAAAUCUAAUAGAGUAAUAGCCCACAAAUAGGUUAGGUUAGGUUCAUUUAGAGCACCGGUGCUGGCGGUUUCAUGGUGCCAGUGUGACGCUUCCUCCAUUACCUUGGCGUAGUCCUGGAUACCAGGCUGACGUUCGGCCCGCAUCAUCAGACGGUCGCUGGAAAGGCGGUGGAGGCGGCCAUCACUAAUGCUGAACGUAGGGAAAAUGUAUUUUUAAAUUUUACAAUAAAUAUAUUAAAAAUUUCGAAAAAUAGAAAAAGCUAUAAAAAGAAAUACAAAUAAUAAUUACUAUAAGGGUUCAAAUUCAGAUGCGUGAUAUUUUUAUUUGAAAUUAUAAUGAAUUUUUUAUUUAAAGAUAGAAAAUUGGAAAGUACUGUUAAUUGAAGCUGGUCAAGAUGCUGAGAAAUUUAUGGACAUCCCAGCAGCUGCCAGCCGAUUACAGACUAUGUCAAUUAAUUGGAACUACAGAACAGUCCCAAUGAAUAAUUCUUGUUUAAGUAAAUACCUAAUUUUAAACUACACAAAUUAAAAUGUAUAAGCUAUAUAAUAAUAAUUGCCUAUUUACCACCUGCAUAGGUUUUGAAGAGCGUCGAUGUAAAUUUCCAAGAGGAAAAGUCAUGGGUGGUAGUAGUACAUUAAAUUACAUGAUAUACACACGUGGUAAUAGAAAGGAUUACGACAAUUGGGCAAAAAUGGGAAACACGGGUAAAUAUUUAGGUUUUUUUUUUUAACCGAGUUUAAAUUAUACGAAAUAUUUUGAUAUUAUAUAUUAUAGGAUGGAAUUAUGAUGAAGUUUUGAAGUAUUUCAUCAAAUCAGAAAACGCCAGUGUUUCUAAUGCCGACAUGGACUAUCGUGGACAGAGUGGAUUAUUAUCAGUAAGCGAUGUUCCGUACAGGACAACUAUAGCAAAAGCUUUUGUGGAUGCUGGAUCACAAAUUGGACUCCCUGUUAUAGACGUUAAUGGAGAAAGACAAGUCGGGAUUAAUUAUAUACAGGUAGACCUAUAGACCUAUAGACAGCUAGACUGCUAAUGGGCGCGUCAUUGCAGUAUGUGGGAAUAAUGAACCUCGUGUGUUAAAUUUUCAAGUAUUUUUGUUUGGUCAAUCAAUUUUAUCCAUAUAUUUUGCCUACUAAUGAAAAAUUCGAAAAUGUAAAAUGCUUAUGUAUAGUUCAAAAAACGCCAUAAUAAUUUUAUCCCAUGUAGAAAAGAAUAAUAUAAGUAUUUAGUAUUUAAUAAUAUAUAGUAUUUAGUUCAGGAAAUUUCUGCUCCCUUUAUGAUAAUUUUUAGCGGAUUUAUAAAAGCUGUCCAAGGAUAAUGGGAACGGGUGCAGCCACUGUUGUAGGUGGGAAGUUGGGAAGGUAGGAUACAGAAGGGAAUUUAAUGUAUAUCUGUAACUAUUGCUUAUCAUAUAAACCAGGGGACUUCAACCUUUUUAUGUAGUGGGCCACGUAUUAUUUUCUAUAAAUCUUACAGGCCGCAUUCGUAGUAAACAAGUGUAUUUUAUACAAAAAUUAAAUUAUAUUAUUAAAACAUAUAUAGUUUAACAUAUUUCAAUUGUGUAUUACAAAUUAUUUAUUAUAUAUUUAUUUUGAUAACUGAUAACUGACAUUUUACUAAUUUUUCUAUAUUUGAUUGAAUUUGAGAUGAUUAUCAGCGAAUUUUCUAAGUGUAUGUCAGUUAACCGAGCUCUAGUUUUCGAUUUGACACUUUUCAUUCGUGAAAAUAUAUGCUUAUAAGUAACACUUAUGAGCAUACUCGGAAACCACACUGGUAUUUACCAAUUAUCUCUAAGGCAUACUUUUUGAUUUUGUUUAAUAUAGUAGUAGAGAGUAUCUUAUAAUUAGUAUCCAGCAGAUUUAUUCAUCUAUAGAUCUUCGUGUUUGUUGGGUCAUCUUUCUUAAAGAUGAAGCAUAGGAUAGAUGUGUUUCAGUAUAUUUUUUCACUCUUCCAUAUACAUAAAAUAAAGAGAUGAAGGGUUUUUAUAGGUCUUUUUUGGGAGUUGAUAUUUUUUCCUCCGGUGCUUUAUUAUUUUGUAAGGAUUUUACAAAUAGCUUAAUUUCGUCCAAACUGGGUUCGGGUAAUUCUGAUUCGGCCAUUUGGCACACUAAUAUUUCACAUGGACUGUACCUCGUAUACACUUAUUUAAAUAUUAUAAUAAAACGUUAUAAGUAUAUAGUUUUAUAAUUUUAAUUUUGAAAAUUUGUUCAGGCUACUAUGAAAGAUGGUCGUCGUUGCAGUACAAACACAGCGUUUUUGUUUUCGGCGAAAACCAGAUCUAAUUUGUUUGUAAAAAAAAACAGCAUGGUAACACGUAUAUUAAUUGAAAAACAUUCAAAAAAAGCAAUAGGAGUAGAAUUUAUUUCAAAAAACAAAAAAUACAGAGUGUUUAUAAAGAAAGAAGUAAUUAUUUCUGCUGGGGCUAUUAACUCGCCACAGUUACUUAUGUUAUCAGGAAUUGGACCAAAAUGGCAUUUAGAAGAUAAACAUAUUCCGUUAGUUGAAAAUUUACCGGUUGGUGAAAAUUUGAUGGAUCAUGUGGCAUUAGGAAGUUUGAGUAUUAUUAUAAACGAUACUAUUUCAUUAAAGGCCAAUAGGAUAUUGUCAAAUCCUCUAAAUUUAUAUACGUUUAUUUCAAAACACCAAGGUCCUUUUACAAUACCCGGUGGCGCAGAAGCCUUGGCAUUUAUAGAUUUAGACCAACCUGGAUUUAAAAAUGGGCAUCCAAACUUAGAAUUACUCUUGGUAUCAGGAUUGUAUUCUGGUAAUAAAGAUGUUUAUAGAUUGUUUGGUUUAGAAACACAUAUUUAUAAUAAGGUGUAUAGGCCUACUGAGAAAAUGGAUGGCUUUAUAAUAUUUCCAAUGAUUAUGCGGCCUAAAAGUAAAGGUCGUCUAUGGUUGGAAGACAGAAAUCCAUUUCAUCAUCCGUUGAUCGAUCCAAACUACUUCACCGAUGAAGCUGACCUGGACGUAGCUGUAGCCGGAGUAAGAAUUGUGCAAAAAAUGUUAGAAACAGAUGCAAUGAAGAAAUUAAACGCUAAAAUACUUGAUACGCCAUUACCAGGUUGUACUCAAUACAAAUUCGACACUGACGAAUAUUGGAAAUGUUCUGCUAAACAAAUAAGCUUCACGAUUUAUCACCAGUCUGGUACGUGUAAAAUGGGACCCAUGGAAGAUCCUACAACUGUGGUGGAUCCAAAAUUACGUGUACAUGGUAUACAACAUUUGAGAAUUAUAGAUGCAUCGAUUAUACCAGAAAUUCCAGCUGCUCAUACUAAUGGACCAACUAUAAUGAUCGGAGAAAAAGGUGCUGACAUGAUUAAAAAUGAUUGGAAUUUAGAAAUAUAA